CCCGUUUGGCCAGGUACACUGUGUUUGGGCGUGCGCAUCUCAGCGAGAGAGAGAGGACGAGGAGGGGCAGGGGAGUAGGCGAGUAGAGCAGAGAUGGAGGCGUUCAGGAAGCAGGCGAGCAAGUUCAAGGAGCAGGUCGCCAAGCAGCAGCAGGCUGUGAUAAAACAAUUCAGCACUACUGGUUACGAGCGUUCAGAUUCUGUUGUCAUUGAUGAAGUUGAAUUACAGCAACAUCAAAGGCUUGAGAAAUUGUACAGUUCUACUCGUUCUGGAAGGGAUUUUCAAAAGGACAUAGUUCGAGCAGCUGAAGGCUUGGUGUCUAUUGGAAGCAAGCAUAUUGAAGUGGGUGCGACAGAUGAGCCAGACGGUUGGGACUGGCACCAGGCGUAGGGGGCUCUGGUACAUGGACCAGGAGGUGCAGCCGGACUUGGUGUGUGCUGCGACCAUGGAGGAUAAGGAGAAGCAGGCGAUGAUCCAUCACUGUAGGAUGGGGCAUGUAUCUUCUCAUAAGAUGGGUAGAAUAUUUCCGGAUGUUAUGUGUGGAAUAG